AUGUCGACUAGGCUGCAGGUGGGCGCCUACGUUAUACAUUCCUGCCUGGCAACAGUUUGCACAAUCACAGGCCUGACAGGAGUUGACUGCCUCCGAAGCCCAAUUGUACCGCGUUUUGCUGCUUGUAAAAAUUGUUUAUCCAUCGCCUGGUUGCACAUGAAUCCUCCACAUUACUGCCAAAUGUAUCAUUGCACGCGUAGUCCUCCCGGCCAGGCUAAGUUUGCCCGGCGAGAGCAGGGUGGAGUUUUUCAGAAGGGGCCAAGGGUACGCCCGAAGUCAAUCUAG